AUUGUUCAAGAUAGAAAUGAAUUAAUUUAAAAUCACAUUAGCUUUUCUAAUAAGACCUGUCCAUAGAUUUGAUUUCGUAACGUUUAAAAAAUUAAACUACAAAAUGUAUAUUAAGAAAUUUGCACGUCAUUCAACUUCACAAAAAUCUUCUCAUACCCACAUUGUUGAAAAUGGGAAAGAGUGAAGAACUAAUUUCAGACAGAUAGGAUUUUGGAGGUGGAAGCACUUGUGAAUGCAAACAAGGGAGAGAAUGAGCCUACUUUUUUCGGUCUCUCGGCCAUACUUUGUCAUGGAAUUUGUCACUAAAGUAAAAGUGAAUGGAAUCCUGACUUUGGCUUUAUAUCGAUGGAAAUUGAUAAUCUGUGCAUCCUAUAGCAGCUGGAUAUCAAAAGACUCAUUUAUGAUAUAAAUUUAUAUUAUGAUUUCAUCAAACUUACGCAUCGCUCCAACUUCACACAAAUCUCUGCAAAACUUAGGGUAGAAAAAUCUCAUACCCAUCCCCACAUUGUUCAAGAUGGGAAAGAGUAAUGGUCUAAUUUCAGACGAAUGGAUCAUGGAGGUGGAAGCAGUUGUGAAUGCAAGCAAGGGCGAUAAUGAGGAGGGGCAAGAGAAAACCGGAAUGAGCAGGCGCCUGCGUCUGCCGAGGGCCAUGAUGGAAAGCAAAGCCGAUGCAUACACUCCCCACAUGGUCUCUCUUGGCCCAUAUCACCGCCAUACUCUCAAAGAUGUUGCAGUGGGAGAUUACCAUCAGCGCCUCACAUAUCUUUCCCAAAUGGAUGCCUACAAGCUCAGCUUUGCAAGGGAAGCAACUGCCAAUAACCCAUCGAUCAUCAACUCCUUGGUCGAAAAGAUAACAGAACCGGAUCAGAUCAAAGCUCUUGAGGAAUUCUACGACUGGAAGGUGGGCGAGGAGGAUUCUAAAAAGUUCGGCUGGAUGAUGACCCUCGAUGCCUUUUUUCUCUCUUACAUUCUCCACAGCAGCUGGGAUACUGAAAAUGGGGACACAGAGGAAGACAGUGUUGUGCCUGGGCUUGCCAGUAUAAGAUGUGAUAUUCUCAAAUUGGAAAACCAAAUUCCUUUAUUUCUUCUCAAUGAAGUGGAGAGAACUCUCCAAGCCAAGGGGAUCGAAGAUCCUCUGCAUUCUCGAAUCCCCCGUCUCUGUUCUUUUCAAAUCUUUGAUCUCCAUCUUGAUGACCUAGAAAAGGAGGAGCAUUUGCUGGGUUCUGUGCACAAAUAUGUCUCAUCCUUCCUACAAAUUGACACCCAGCAGAAAACACUCAAGUCGACCUUCUGUCGAAUAACACUUGGCGAUGCAGUUGCGGCAAUCUGCGGAAUCUUUUUCCCUCACCCUGCAAAACGAGGUCGACGAGACUUUCUUAACAAAUACAAUGCAGAGGAGCUCAGUCAUGCUGGCAUUACAUUCAAGGCUUUCACAGAGCCGGGGAGUGUCCGGUUCGACAAGUAUUCUGACACGCUGUAUCUUCCCCAGAUAAUAAUUUCCGACACAUAUACAGAAGUCCUGCUCAGGAAUCUUCUCGCUUUGGAGUUCGUCGACGCCCGUAGACGUAAAGACGUGUCGAAUUACGUGGAGCUGAUGGACUGCCUAAUCGACACCGACGUUGACGUGGCUCUGCUGAGGAGCAGCCAAGUCAUUGUGAGACAGAGUAUGAUGAUAACUGAUGAGUACGUGGCGAAAAUGUGGGAUGGGAUGUGUAAGCCUUUCUUUUUUUCUGGGUUUCUUGAGCCUCCCCAGGGAUUGAAAUCUCAGAUCAAGGAGGUGCUGAUCAAGAACUAUUAUAAGAGCAAAAUCAAGAGUGUUUACCGGGAGUUCCGGGAACAGUACUUGUCGAGGCCGUGGCAGGUGGUCGCUCUUGUGGUGGGGAUAAUUGUGGUGGUGAUGGAUACGUUGCAGACUUACUGUUCUUUUAGGGAUUGCCAGUCCAGUGCAGUUAAUGACAACAGUAGCAGUGGGCGUAAGCAUUUCAAUAGAUUUGGGUAGCGUUGAUAAUGAUCCAAACUGUGUGAAUCUAUCCUAGAAUGAGUGAUGCUAUAUAGCUUAUCUCUAAGAUGUGUCACAGGAUUUUGCAUUUGUGUUGGAGAAAAUCUUGAUUCUAUUUUGUAGUAGAAAUUGGGAUGAUCGUAGUUAAGAGACUUUAUCUCAAUGGUUGUUGGGAUUGUAUAAAUGGAGUGAACAAGGAAUAAGUUAUAUU